UUAGCUCACCUAAUUAAUUAAAAGGUUGGUGCUAUCUUUCAUUAGAAUAUAGGAAAUAUGAAAACAGUGAUAUUAAUGGUGCUAAGUCAAUUAGCAUCUGGAAGUGUAAACAUUUUGUACAAGAUUGCUGUUGCUGAUGGAAUGAAUGUCCAAAUUAUGGUCUUCUACAGAUUGGUUUUUGCCACUGCUUUUAUGGCCCCUCUUGCUUUCAUUAUUGAAAGAAGAAGUAGACCAAGAUUAAGCUGGACAAUACUCUUCCAAGGGUUCGUGAAUGGAUUGUUGGGAGCAGCACUUGGAAGCAAUUUCAAUGCGGAGAGUUUAAUUUACACAACAACAACAUUUUCAUCAGCCAUGUCUAACCUUACUCCUGGAGUGACAUUAAUUUUGGCUGUAAUUUUGAGGAUGGAAAGCUUGGACAUUCAUAGGUUAGCAGGAAAAGCCAAGUUGCUAGGAACUAUAUUGGGCAUUAUGGGAGCACUAAUUCUGAAUCUUUACAAAGGAAUGAAGAUUCCAUUUUGGUCUACCAAUAUACAUCUUCUUCAUACUGCUAAUGUCACUGCAACAUCAGCACAACCAACAACCUACAACAAUGUUUGGGGUUCAACACUUGCAUUUUUAAGUUGUGCUUCUUAUGCUUCUUGGUUGAUCUUUCAGGGUAAGAUGAGGCAGAGGUACCCCAUGUACUCAAACACUGCAUUGAUGUGUUUUUGUGGGGCAAUAGAAGCAGGCAUCUAUGCUUUUUUAAGGGAAAGGGAUUCAUCUGCCUGGAAACUUGGCUGGAAUAUCAGACUUUUCACUACUUCUUAUUCGGGCAUUGUUUCUUCAGGAUUAGCAGUAACCAUGAUAGCAUGGUGCACAAAACUAAAAGGGCCGCUCUAUGUCUCUUCAUUCUAUCCGUUGGCACUUAUCUUUGUAGCUAUAGUUGGUACGCUUGUCCUUCACGAGGAGCUGCACCUUGGAAGCAUUAUAGGAUCAAUAUUCAUCAUUGCCGGCUUAUAUAUUGUGUUAUGGGGAAAAGCCAAAGAGUUGAGACUAGCUGAAACUGAAGCCCUAAAAAGUAAAGCUGAAACUGAAGGCUUAAAAAGUAACAACAAUGGAGUCAUUGAGAUCAUCUCAUUUGCUGGUGGAAAUCUGGCUACUGCUGCAAUAGUACCAGAAUUAGAAACUGAUCAUCAAAUUGUUACUACAUCAGCUGCGCCUCUUCAGGAACCAUAACUGAAAGACCCGCAAAAUCAAAUGUUUUAUUUCCACUUUUCCUUAUUUAGAAUGGAGCACAAGAAUUAGAAAAUCCAUGUAUAAUAAAUAUCUCAGUGAAUAAAGAACUAGAAAAAUGUCAAAAACA